AUGAGCGAAACAAACCGCUCUUUCGUCCUCCGUGCCAUCAAGGACGUCGUUUUCGAAGACCGUAGCGUGCUCCCACUGAGAGAUCCAUGGGAUGUGCGCAUUCACGUUGCGCAGACAGGUAUUUGUGGUAGUGAUGUACACUACUGGCAGCGAGGACGAAUCGGAGAUUUCAUUCUCCGGUCACCUAUCGUACUCGGCCAUGAGAGCUCCGGGACAGUUGUGGAGGUUGGUCCAGCUGUGAGGAAUGUCAAAGUGGGUGAUCGGGUGGCCGUUGAGCCCGGCGUGCCAUGCAGACACUGCAACUACUGCCGCAGCGGCUCAUACAAUCUCUGCCCGGACACCGUCUUCGCAGCGACACCACCGCACGACGGAACACUGUCCAAGUACUAUAGUACACAGGCGGACUUCUGCUACCCGCUGCCGGCGCACAUGGAUCUUGAAGAAGGGGCGCUGGUUGAGCCGGUCGCGGUGGCUGUCCAGAUCACCAAGGUUGGCAAAGUGAAGCCUAACCAGACAGUCGUUGUCUUCGGGUGUGGACCUAUUGGGCUGCUCUGCCAGGCUGUGAGCAAGGCGUAUGCUGCAAAAAGGGUCAUUGGGGUGGAUAUCAGCCAGUCACGGGCUGAGUUUGCGCGGUCGCUUGGAGCGGACGGUGUGUUUGUGCCGCCGGUUAAGCCUGAGGAUGUGGAUGACAAUGCAUGGAGCGAGGAGGUGGCAAGGAUGAUGAAGGAACAGUUCGACCUUGGCGAGGGGCCUGAUGUCGUGCUAGAGGCGACGGGUGCGCAGGCAUGUAUCCAGACCGGAGUGCAUCUCACCAAGAAGGGAGGCAUGUAUGUGCAGGCCGGGAUGGGCAAAGAAAACGUCAACUUCCCCAUCACCACGGCGUGCAUUCGCGACCUGACCAUCCGCGGCUCCAUCCGCUACACGACGGGCUGCUACCCGACGGCCGUUGAUCUGAUUGCCAGCGGCAAGAUCGACGUGAAGCGACUCAUCACGGAUCGGUACACGUUCGAGCAGGCCGAGGAGGCAUUUGAGCUGGUGCGACAGGGCAAAGAGAGUGUAAUCAAGGUGAUCAUUGGGGGUCUGGCUAGUUGA